GCACCUUUGAUGACGCGCUCGGUCGUGGAGAACUGAGGGCGCCUCACGGACAUGGUCUCCUCCCGGCUCCGGCGGCCCGCUGGACGCGAGCCGCCGCCUUCCUCCCAGGCGGGCUGCGCUCGGCGAGCCGGCAGCCACCGUGCCGGGCCCCGGAAUACGGGGCGUCCUCGGACAGCGGCGGCCGCAGCGCCGCUCCCUCCCUGCGGCGGCGCCCGCGGCUCGGCGGCGGGGACGACCGCGUCGAGAGCUACGGCGACCGCGGCUGAGGGAGACAACUUGGGAGAGCAGGGCUGCGCGCGCCCGGAGCCCCGCGUGCUCGCCUCCGCGCUCACAACUUCCCGGCGGCCCCGCGGGCGGCCGCCGCGCUCUGCGCACGCGCGGGUCUCAGUUCUCUGCUCUGGCUUCCCUGCUGCCCAGCGUCGGCCUCGCGUGGGGCAGAUGCUCUGGACGCCCCACCCCGACCUGUAGCUUCUCAAACCAGCCGCUGGGACUGCGGAAGCAGCUACGAUCUUUGCUGAUGUCCGGAUUGUCAGUGGAGAGAUCCCCUAUCAUGAACGCUUCUCUCCUUACCACUGGAGUCCUCCACCCACUUUGUCUCCAACAGAUUUCCCUACAAUCAGAUCUAAGCAUCACUGACUAGAAGAGGAGCAAUGAGGGCGGACCCCUAAUUACUUCAGAAGACAUUUCCAGUUUCAGUGCAUUUCACCCCAUCCUCCCAAGGGCUUAGCUGGCUAAGAGCAUUACCAUGGGAUGUCUGCGGUGACCGUUUUAAUCAUCUUAAAGGCCUGUUUACUUCUGUGCCGUGUGGGUCAGACUUUUGUCUCGUUGAAGGAAGUGUUUCUAAACGAACACGGGCCGGAUGAGAAGCUGAAAGCAAAGCUAUCUUUCGGGAGCAUGCUGUCUGUCAUAAGGAGAGGUUUGACAGCCCAUUAACACACAGGUGUGU